AUGUCUGCUGUACAUGACACCAUGUACAUAUCGAUGGAGAAGGAGGAGAAGAGUCAGAUGACAGAGAGGAUAUUAAACCUGACUCUGGAGAUCGUCUACCUGCUGACCGGAGAGAAAUAUGCUGCAGUGAAGAUAACGUGUAUUGAAGGUCUUUUACAAGGGAUGUAUCCAGCUAUGUCGGAACGAUGGGGCCGAAGCCAGAACUCCAUUGCAGUGCCUCCACUUCAUUCCCCAAGUCUUGAGAAAAAAAACAUAGAGAAGGUUGAAGAAAUCACCAACAAGCUCAUUGAGCUGCUGACUGAUGAGGUUCCUAUAAGGUGUCAGGAUGUCCCAGAGAGUAUCUCCAAGGAGAACAAAUAUCUAGAAGGACAUAAGGAUCUGUACAAGGAUGUCAUCAUAGAGGACCAACCGCCCCCCCCACGUCGCCGAAUGGAUCCAGUAACAGAAAUACCCCAGAGAGAUGUCCCUGUCCUCUAUAUUCCAGGGAUUCCACACAGGAAGAUCAGGAGAUCCUUCACCACGAUCAGGGCAUAGACCAGAUUAAAAUUGAAAUUAAAGAGGAAGAUGAAGAGACGUGUGUGAUGGAUGGUCAGCCGUACAAGGAGGAAGUUCACGAAGAGAUUGACACAGAGGAAGGCAACAACAAAAGAUCUUCAAUUGGAUGUCCUGUUUUACCUCCAGCCUGGGACACAGAUGAGGAUGACUCAAGAGAUUCCCUCAAAGUCCAUACAGCCUUCCACGAAGUAGACAGAUCGCCCAAUCCUGAAGAAUUUUCUCCUAAUUAUUCUCAAUCUCCCACCCCAAAUAUCCAUCAGGGA